AUGCCCCUCCCGGUGCGGCGGGGCCGGCGGCGGCGCGCAGCGGGGCCGGGGCCGCUCACACCGGCGGUGGCGGCAGCGGCGGCGGGGCCAUGAAGGUGAAGAAAAGCGGCGGGGCCGGGGCGGCCGCGGCGCGCACCGAGGAGGAGCUGGGCCGUAAAGCGCUCAUCGGGCCCGACGACGUGCUGGGGCUGCAGCGGGUCACCAGCGAUUAUUUGUGCACUCCAGAGGAAAAUGUUUACAAGAUAGACUUCACCAGGUUCAAAAUCCGGGACAUGGAAUCUGGCACAGUCUUGUUUGAAAUCACCAAACCAGCAGCUUCAGAACGUGAACACAAUGACAGGAAGGACAUUGAUCCCAAUGCUGGACGGUUUGUUCGCUAUCAGUUUACUCCAGCUUUUCUUAGACUUCGGCAAGUAGGAGCCACGGUGGAAUUCACAGUAGGAGACAAACCCAUUAAUAACUUCCGCAUGAUUGAGAGGCACUACUUCCGGGAUCAGUUGCUUAAGAGCUUUGAUUUUGAAUUUGGGUUCUGCAUCCCCAGCAGUAAAAAUACUUGUGAGCACAUCUAUGAGUUCCCACAGCUCUCCGAGGAUCUCAUUCGAGAGAUGAUCCUGCAUCCAUAUGAGACACAGUCGGACAGUUUCUACUUUGUAGACAACAAGCUCGUGAUGCACAACAAGGCAGAUUAUUCAUACAGUGGAGGACCUUGAGCACAGGAUGGGCAGCCAACCCACGCUGGCCUUCCCCUUCCUAUCGAAGCCGUCAGGGAUAGCAACACCUCCAGUUCUGUUGCCUACAACGUCAACUGGACAAGGAUCCACAACCCAAGGACUCUUUGCCACAGUAGGAGUUUCAUGACUAAAUUUGCCAGUCUCAUCUUUAUCGAGCUUUGAAGCAGACCCAGUUCUUCAGAACUUUUAAGCGGUUCUAAAUGGUCUUUGGAUACCACUUCCCUAAGUUCUUUCAGUGUCUGCUCUGAAAAUGGCCUUGUGGGACCUGAGGGAUUUUGCCCUAAUUCUGUGGAUUUGUGUUCUUGCCCUCAAAUAUCUUUUAGGACAUGGUUGCUUUUGUAAAGAAUGUGAUCUGAGAAACCACCUGAGUGGAUGGAUGCAAAUGCAGAGUUCUGUUGAUUUGUUUCUUGGGGUCAAUUUCUCUUGUACAUCCCAUUGAAAAUGUCAAGUCUAACAUCUUAUAAGAGCAAGUUUCAUCUUUAGAUUAGUUCUCUAAAAUUGAUAUUUCAUCCUUUAGGUUUGGUCCUUCUAGUAAUAUUCUGUUUAAUAGUGGAAACUUGCAGUGAAGACUGAUAGUUCAGUGACAGAGCUGUUUUAAAUCAGGUACUGUCCUUUUACAUUUCAGAUGAAUGCAAAAUAGCACUGAGGGUUUAUGAAUCUCCAUAAGCAUUUUCCACUGAUUUCAGUUUUUGCAAACUGAUUGCAGAAUAAUCAGGAAAAAUUGAAGGAUUUUAGCUUUAUUUAACAUUUUUACAUAGCUAACAUUCAGCCUAUUCGUGCUAUAUGUUUUCCACGUCUAUUUUCUUUCAUCUCUGCUCAAUACUAAGAUAAGGGCUUCAGCACUGCUUGUUAGAGCAGUGCUUUCAUUUGUCUAGGGCAGUUGGAGAGUGUUGGAAUUUCCAGUUUUCCAUUUGUAUCUGAAUUUGAAGAAUGUUAUGACAGUGUUUUCCCUUUGUUAAAAAUGUUUUGCAUUGGGUAUUAAUAUAGGUGAAACAGUAAGUCUAAUAAUGUUAGACUUACUGUCUAACAUUAGGUCUAAUGUAACAGUAAGUCUAUAAUGUAGGACUUUAUGCACAGCAAAAAUUGAGCAAGAACUCUCUUUUCAGACUCUAAGAAGUUUAAGACCAUUUUUUCCCAAGUUUCUCAGCAUGUGCUUCUUAGAAAGACAGAAGUGCAAAGAAGUAGCAGCAUCAAAGGAGUAAACUAGUGUAUGCAAAGCGAAAGCUGAGAAGGCUGUGGGGGGUAGCCUGCUGUCAUGAAACCCUUACUCUAAAGUUCAGUUCACUGAUACUUUAAACCAAUAAAAGGCAGUUGCAGUUUGUAGAUAUUUCUAUAAAUACUUGAUGUCUCCAUGUCUAAUUCUGUGAGUUGAAGUGGAACAUUCUAUGUUAGCCUCAGAUAGGUGUGAUUGUAAUGAUUUUUAUAAAAUACCAUUUCCAGUAGUGAUUAAGCAUAUUUCUAGUCACAGCCUAAGGUGAUUGGAACUGCAAACGGCUCCAACUGUAGCUGUCUGCCUAAGAGCAGGGAGGGGUUUGUGCUCUUUUUGGGCUUGUGGUCACUGUUAAAUGUGUUACCAUUUGUAUUUGGCUUGGCUUUCUUUACUUGUGAGAGAGGAUCCAGUUUUCUAAAGAAAAUGCAGUGAGUUUAGGGUACAGCACAGAGGUUUUUUUAAGAUUCAUAGCCAAGAAAGUACGUAAAGUUCACUGAUUUUACACAACUAGUAUCUUGUAAUUAGCACAGCAAGACUUGUAUUUAUCACUACUUUUUGUCUCUAAUAUUAAAUAAUGCAAUUAGCCUAUGGCUUAUCUGAGAGUAAAAGAAUUUCCUCAUUAUUUGUAAGACGCUUUGAACUACUGAUCAGUAAGUUUUAUAAUACAAUAAUUACUAAAGGUGCAAAUAGCUUCCAAAAGUCUAGGUUUUUCCCUCAACCUCCGUUAUUUUUUGCAUCAGGGCUGUUAAACUAUCUAUGUAUUCAAUGACGUUCUGCAAGUUUUAAGUAUUUAUGAAUUUUGUUCCAACUCUUGAAGGAGAAAAAACACUGAUUUGAAGACAGAAGAGAGCAUGUGUGUUCACCACUAGCACCCUAUACAGGUUUUUGGGGGGUAUCUUUCAACUCUCACCUGCUGUUUGUAAUAAUCACUUCUGUGCAUAAGAUUUUCAAAGCUGUGUAGCAAUGGUGCUUGCCCUGGAUUGCCAGUCAUACGUUUGGUUUUUCAAAUGUAUGGAUGUUUUAAACUGAACUAUAAAUCUUGGUAUAUUUUUGGGGAGAGCAGUUGUACUUUGGUGCAGAUUCUUGGGUUAUUGUACUGAGUAUCCUCUCCGUACAGCGUAUCAUUGUCAGCUGAUCUGAGAGAGUCAUCUCCUUUUUUAUGCUACCUCCUUCUAAGACUUUGGACUUCAAAACCAAAAGUAAUUCCAUAAAAGUAUUACUGUGAUCAAUAGAAAGCUGAGUGGUAGAUGUGUCCCUUUAAAAAUGAACCUAGAGUAAGUUACCUUGUUCCCAAUAGUGCAGUAUGUUGCUGAAUGGACUUCCUGACACUCUGCAUUUUGUGGUAGGUUUGAGGUUACGAGAAUGAACUACCCGUUGCUGCCCUCCUGGAUUCUGCUGUUCUGAGAAUUCAGGUUCUAUGGGUAAUAGUUUCAGGCCAACAGAGAAUUCAGUGUGAAUCAUAUAGGAAAUAUCUUAUUGAAUGAAUUUGUUGUCUUCUAUUAUUGGGAAUACUCUAAACCAGGAAGAAAUAUUGGACAUUUUCAAUGAAAUAAAUUUCUACUUAUUUUAGCUUUAGCUUUUCAGUUUGAAGAAUUUUACUUUAAGUCCCUGCAGUUUGCUACAAAUAACAAAUCUGGAUUCUUAAACCACAACAAAUAACAGAACUUUCUGUGGGGAGUGUAAUGAAGGUGCUUUUUUCUUUAUUCUACUACAACAGUUAUCACUGUUAUCUCUCUGUUUCACAUAGAAACACUUUGUUAGCAUCUUUUUGAGGUCACCUACACCCAUAAUGUUUACAAACACGUGGGAAUCACUGUCCAAGGGAGAGGUGCCAUUCUUUUCUCCCUGCUUAUGCAGCAGUGUAACGUGUAGGGUUGACAAGAGACGUUAUAUUGUGUACAUAAACAGCACUAGAAGAAGAGUGUUUCUUCAAAGACUUUUGCAGUGCAGUUGCUGUUUAAUGCCACUUCUGUCCUUGUUUUGCAUGAAAUCUGUGUGCAAUAUUUAAUGUUAAAGGCCAUGAUUUGUACAGCACUGAACAACAACUUCCAUCCGAAAGGGAGCUGAGAGCUCUCAGGUCAGUUGUAAAAUUAAACCCACUUUCGCCCCCUCCCCUCCCCUUAAAUUGGCAGCUGAUUUUUAUUCUAAACCAGUUGAAAAUCAAACUUAUCAGCAUUGUUCACAGAAGAAUUUGUUAACCUCCUUGACUAGUUAUUAGUUUGUAUUUUAAGAUUAAUCAUUACUGGGUUUACUUUGGAAGUUCAUCUCCAAAAUCACCAAAUAUUGGCUCUGGAAAAAGAAUUCUUUGCAUUUUAAAAACUAUUUUAAUUAGCACCAUGGCUCUGUUUUAACAAAGCAGUGAGGAAGUUCGGGAUCUGCCUUUCUGAAAGUGAAAGAAAACAUCUAAGAGCUAACCAAGAUUAUCUGCUAAUAAUGACUUGCUGUUUCCUGUCAUAAGACAGGAUUAGACGUGUACUUUAUGAGUCAAUCUUGGAAAAAGAAACUAAGUCUCUGUGAGUGCUAAUAGUGACAUCAUUUUUCAGAGACAAGGAAAUUAUAACUCAACACAAUUCUUCUGCUUUCUCAGUUUUGGGUUCCUGUAAACUUCAGGGGUUUUAAAGAAAAGCAGCUAUAAUACACUUGUGGUUAACUGCCGUGCUCAUAGUCUCUCUGUAUGUCUUCUUUUGAGCAGAGUAGCAUGGCUGUGUGUGAAACAUUGCAGGCUACCAAGUUCCAGAUUCCUUCAUUUUGAGCAAACAGUCUAUUAAGUUUAUUGAGAAAUAGUGCUACAUGUUGACCCCUAAAAACGAAAUUCCAAUCUUCAUGGCAAAACUUAAAGGGAACUCUUAGUUCAUGCAAAGAUUAUUUGGGGCCUAUUUAAGGUAAGAAAAGGCUGAUAUCCAACUUUUGUACUUAGUAUUACAAAAAUGUUCUGUUUAUUAUUCAUAACCUGAAAAAAAUAUGGUUAACAGCUCCAUUUUAAUUAGAUCUAGUUAGAAAUCAAACUAUUGAGAUUAUUGCUAUCCCUUAUGGGGGCUGGGGAGAGCAACUAGGACUGUAUGUGUCACACAAAGCUCACCAGGUUUGCCUGUGUUGACUCAAGUGGUAAAAGUUAUCUUGGGGAAACAAAAAGGGAGAAGGACAAAGACAGGCAAAGAAUUAAUUUCAUCUAAUCAGAACCACGAGCUUUAAGGCCAUGGUAAAUGUGUAAUGUUUUUUCUCUUGAGUUUGAGACAGCUGGUAGCGUCCAUUAGCAGUUCUUUUCCAUACCCUCAGCAUAAGCACUACCUAAGUUUAUACAAAUGUUUUAAUAUUAAUCAGAUAUUAAAUCUCACUGACAGCUCGUAUCAUUUUCUAAAGGUGGAGAGUGUGCUACUCUAGGCCUCAAGCUGUAGCUCAGUUGUUUUCUAAAUCACAGCCUGACUAGGCGGGUGAAAUUGUGUGUUUGUAUAUCUGUUCACAAGCUGUAGGUAACUGCCUCCCUAGAAUCACUGUGUUAAUGCCUGCUGUGAUGUCUGCUUGUGUCUUAAUGCUACACUGAGAAAACCUGUUUGAAUGUGACAUUGACUUUUUUUGCCUAGAAUCAGAGUUGUCUGUAUUAAAAUGUAUUUAUAAAAAAUAUAUUUUUUGUGGAAGGAAAGUAGAAUUCUAGUUAAUAUACUGCUGGGAAAAAUGUUAGGAACAUUUUUACCCAGUUCAUUUAUAAUUCUUUGUAUCUUGUUAGUUACCUGAUUCGAUUCCUAUAAGAACAUCCACUCUGGCCCGUUUCGAGGCAAUGCACUGUCAUGCAGAGAAUCUGGUUUUCAGAAAACUGGGAGUCUUUUGUUUCCUUUUGGGAUAGUAAGAAACUGAGUAGGUUGCCAGGAGAGAACCUUGGCACCGAACCCACUUCUGUGGCUUUGGCUUCAGUAACUAGUCUGUCUGACUUGUUUGCAGCUAGAUAAGUAGCGAGAGCAAAGAUUGAGACUUCAGGAUAAAGAAAAUUAGAUGCUAUAAUUUUAGUCUUCCUGUAGGAGGAGAGUACUGAAAUUAACUUAUACAAGGAUAAAAUAGGAAGUACACUUGCCUAAAAUGAUUUAAUAUUGGCAGCUUAGUCGUCAAUGUGCAUCCUAGGGAAUAUGCUUAACUUUUUCCAUUACCUUGGAAAACGGUUACAAACCAUGUCACUUUCAUUAGCAAGUGUUUCCUCUCCUGUAACAAACUGCAAAAUGUAAGAAAGCUAAAUAAAUGAUUGAUCCUAGACAUGAA